AUGGCCGUGAACAUGUUGAGCUCGUCGUCGCUGCCGUUGACGAAUUCUGGCGGUGUGCCCAACACCAUCAACAACACCUCCGAUGCCUUCGAAGCGACGCCCAGCCUUCCGUAUUUUGAACACGCUUGGUCGGUACUUAGCAUAAUUUGCGUGUUCAACGUGUUUCUGGGGCUGUUAAUCAUUGGAAUUACGUCCUUUUCCAAGCUCACGGCCGUGCCCAUUAUCUCAUCCGCCGCCGGCGCUAUCGCGAAUGGACUCUACUUCUAUGCUUACUACGAUAAGCCAUACCCUCUCGCAAAGAGGGCAGCAGCGUCAGCUAUUGGCGAUAUCUUCUGGCUCAUACAAGAAGCGGGCAUGCCCUUUUAUAGCUUCAUCAUCCUCAACAGGCUGCUAAGGGGGAAAAAACGAAAAUUCUUUCACACUGUGUUCUGGUCGGCUCUCAUUCUUGUCACUGCUGUGAAAGUCAUGGUCAUUUACUACCGUCUCCUAUGCAUCUUGAGGGAAGAUAACAGCCUGUCAGGCAUCAUUAUCAGAAUACACAUUGCCUACUUUGGUUUAAUCGCAGUCAGCGAGUGUGUCAGCGCCUACUUUCUCCUUCGCAUCUUCGCCGAAGUCAGAAAGUCGUCAAAUGAGGCAGGACUCCGAACGAGCUUCAUGCGCUACCUGAUGCGCAGCACAGAGAUCCGCGUCGCUUCGCUGGCCGUGGCGGCGGCGAUACGGGUUGUCACGCACUCCCUGAACGUGUGGCAGAGUAGCUCGGCCACGAGAUACCUUGAUCGAGUUGCUUAUGCACUGGAGUGCUUCUUCCCGAUUAUUAUGUAUGUUGACUUGCUGGCAUCCAAGCUAGAAUUUACUACCCAAACAAAUGAUCCUUCUUUCGCAAGUAAUAGGCGACUGAGGGGCCCGACCUCGACCGAAAAGACUGCCGAUUAG